GAAGAGGAGGGGUUUGUGAGCUUGAUCCCUGUGCCCAACCUGUCCUGCCUGCUCCUGUAAAAGAGGAUGGCCAUAGCGGGCAGAACCUGGCUCCACCUGAGUGUGACAGGCAAGGAGUCUGGCUCAGUGGAGGGGCGCAAAGACAGGGAAACUGAAGACCCAGAAUUGGAAGGGACUUUGAGGGCAAAUCAUUGCUCUACCUGGAGCUUCAGGUGAGCCAGAGAGGUCACCUCACCCUGUCCACAUUCCUCUCUUGGGUCUCAAGCCUGAUCUUAGUCUCUGCAUGCCCAACUUCUUCUCCCCUCAGGCUGCGGAGAGGAAGCAGUCGUCCCAGAGCUCGGCCUGCUGAAUUAGGCCUGGGUCUGGCUGGGGGUCCUGGGAAGAACAUGUUCUGUAUGUAUGUUAGAGUCAGAGGGAGUGAUUGAUGCUGCUGUUGUAUUCCCUUGCAUGCAUACACAUCAGCCCAUGCACAGACGUGACUCACGUACCAAAUAGGCAUAUUUUAUGCUGGUACACACUGAAUAGAUUUACACACACAGUGCCAACAUGUGUGCAUGCACAUUUGCACACCCCGCUUAUAUCUACGUAGAUGGGACAUGUGUUUGCUCAUAGACAUUUAUACAUACACACAUGUGCACACUGUUCAUAUAUGCAUGUUCACAAAGGGACCCUCAGAAACAUAUUCAUAUCCGAAGGCACCCACAACCAGUCCCGAAAGUGCCUCUGCAUUUCCCUCCCUGUCUGUGGGUACACAGCCACCUCCAGAGGCCUCGUCCCCUGUCAUCCUCCCGACAUCAGCUGUUUUCCUCAUUGCACUCGGUGCCCUCUGAAAUGACCACAGGAUCUGACUCCUUGCUGGCCCUUUGCCCUUUACCGCCUGGGGACCUUGUCCAUGUCGUCAGUGUCCUCCCCGUCCCUGCCCCAGGCUGGCAUGAAGUGGGUGCAUAGUGUUUGUGAAUUAAUGUUUGUGAGUGUGUGUAGAGGAGGGGAGGUGACCGAGGAGGGUGACGUGGUGGGGCGGGUGCCUGGCGAUGCAGGGUGACCCUGAGGGUGUGCCCGGUGUGGGUGUGUCUCUGAUUGUGGCCAGGCGGGGCACCCUUGGUGGAGAGGAAACGAUCCUGGGGCAGAGUCCAGGGCAGCUGAAGGCUCCUCCACACACGCCUGCUGAACCCUGAGCGCCCCGAGCUGCCGGCAUGGGGCGGGCUGAGGCCGCCGCCAUGAUCCCAGGCCUGGCCCUUCUCUGGGCAGCGGGGCUGGGGGAUGCUGCCCCUAACCUUCCACGCCUUCGGCUCUCUUUUCAAGAGUUACAGGCCCGGCAUGGUGUCCGAACUUUCAGGCUGGAGCGGACCUGCUGUUAUGAAGCCUUGCUGGUGGAUGAGGAGCGUGGACGCCUGUUUGUGGGUGCUGAGAACCAUGUGGCUUCCCUCAGCCUGGAUAACAUCAGCAAGCGAGCCAAGAAGCUGGCCUGGCCGGCCCCCGUGGAAUGGCGAGAAGAGUGUAACUGGGCAGGGAAGGACAUUGGUACGGAGUGCAUGAACUUCGUGAAGCUGGUACACGUCUAUAACCACACACACUUGCUGGCCUGUGGCACAGGGGCCUUCCACCCAACCUGUGCAUUUGUGGAGGUGGGCCACCGCCUGGAGGAACCUGUGCUCAGACUGGACGUGAAGAAGCUUGAGGAUGGCAAGGGAAAGAGUCCUUACGACCCGAGGCAUCGGGCUGCCUCCGUGCUGGUGGGGGAAGAACUAUACUCAGGGGUGGCAGCGGACCUCAUGGGCCGAGACUUUACCAUCUUUCGCAGCCUGGGCCAGAAUCCUAGUCUCCGAACAGAACCCCAUGAUUCCCGCUGGCUCAACGAACCCAAGUUUGUCAAGGUCUUUUGGAUCCCAGAGAGCGAGAACCCCGACGACGAUAAAAUCUAUUUCUUCUUCCGUGAGUCCGCAGUGGAGGCCGCACCCGCAAUGGGGCGCAUGACUGUGUCCCGGGUUGGCCAGAUCUGCAGGAAUGACCUGGGUGGCCAGCGCAGCUUGGUCAACAAAUGGACCACAUUUCUGAAGGCGCGCCUUGUAUGCUCAGUACCUGGAGUCGAGGGUGACACCCAUUUUGACCAACUUCAGGACGUGUUUCUUCUGUCUUCCCGGGACCGCCAAACGCCGCUUCUCUAUGCGGUCUUCUCCACCUCCAGUGGCAUCUUCCAGGGCUCUGCCGUGUGCGUGUACAGCAUGAAUGAUGUGCGCCGAGUCUUCUUGGGACCCUUCGCUCACAAGGAGGGGCCUACGCAUCAGUGGGUGUCCUACCAGGGUCGCGUCCCCUACCCACGGCCCGGCAUGUGCCCCAGCAAGACCUUCGGCACCUUCAGUUCCACCAAGGACUUCCCAGAUGAUGUUAUCCAGUUUGCUCGGAACCACCCUCUCAUGUACAACUCCGUCCUGCCCAUGGGGGGGCGCCCUCUCUUCCUCCAAGUGGGAGCUGGGUACACCUUCACCCAAAUCGCGGCAGACCGUGUAGCAGCUGCAGACGGACACUACGAUGUUCUCUUCAUUGGUACAGAUGUGGGCACAGUGCUGAAAGUGAUCUCAGUCCCCAAGGGCAGCCGACCUCACUCUGAGGGACUUCUCCUGGAAGAGCUGCAGGUGUUUGAGGACUCUGCCUCCAUCACCAGCAUGCAGAUCUCCUCUAAAAGGCACCAGCUCUACGUAGCCUCACCGAGCGGCGUGGCCCAGAUUGCCUUGCAUCGCUGCACGGCCCUCGGCCGCGCUUGCGCAGAAUGCUGCCUGGCCCGAGAUCCUUACUGUGCUUGGGAUGGAUCAGCCUGCACACGCUUCCAGCCUACUGCCAAGAGGCGGUUCCGGAGGCAAGACGUACGGAAUGGUGACCCCAGCACCCUGUGCUCUGGGGACUCCUCUCACCCUGCGCUGUUGGAGCGGAAGGUCUUAGGUGUGGAGAGCGGCAGCGCCUUUCUGGAGUGUGAGCCACGCUCGCUGCAAGCCCGUGUGGAGUGGACCUUCCAUCGCGCCGGGGAGGUGGCGCACACCCAGGUGCUGGCGGAGGAGCGAGUUGAGCGUACGGCGCGGGGGCUGCUGCUGCGUGGGCUGCGGCGCCAGGACUCUGGCGUGUAUCUGUGCGUCGCGGUCGAGCAAGGCUUUUCGCAGCCACUGCGGCGCCUGGUGCUGCACGUGCUGAGUGCGGUCCAGGCCGAACGCCUGGCCCGGGCCGAGGAGGCAGCAGCCCCUGCACCGCCGGGCCCUAAACUCUGGUACCGGGACUUUCUGCAGCUGGUGGAGCCAGGCGGCGGUGGAGGGGCAAACUCCCUGCGAAUGUGCCGCCCGCAGCCCGGGCCCCACCCUGUGGCUGCAGAAUCCCGCCGGAAGGGUCGAAACAGGCGAAUGCAUGCCUCUGAGCUGCGUGCUGAGCGUGGGCCACGUAGCGCAGCACACUGGUGACUGGGCUGUCCCCAUACUGGGGACCAGGCUGGACAUGACAUUCAGAAGAGGGGGCAGGCAGACGCCAGGAAGACUGAGGCACACUGAGGUCCUUGGGGCCAGUAGGACACCUAACUCAUCCAUAGGCCCUGGCCAAAGGGUACCCGAGCCAGCUUAUUUAUUAACAAGAUAACCCGCCAAUGUAGCCUCAGAAGAGUGGCCCAGGCUGAAUUCAGGAUCUAGCCUGGAGGGAGGGGACGGAGAAGUGGGGUUCCAGAGUAGAGCAGGGCCAGAGAACUGUCUUGGGUGCCUGCCCUGGGGGAAGCAUUCUUUCUUGGGCAGGGAGCAGAAAGCUGUGAACAGAUUAGGCCGUUGGGUUCCUGGGUGAGGCAGGCCAACUGUACUAAAGUAAUGCAAUAAACACAUUAUCAGCUGACGUUG